AUGGGUGACAAUCUACCGUACCGGAUCAAAGGCGAUCCCGACGAGGGUGGCAGGAAUGAUGACGCCGAUGAAGACGAAGAGGAGAUCGACGAAACUGGCUACAAGACCGUUCGAGAUGCGGUUCUGUUUGCCAUCGAGGUCAACAAGUCCAUGCUCACGGUGCCGCAGCCGUCGUCGGCCUCGAAGAAGACUGAAAACAGUUCACCACUCCUGGCCGCCUUGAAAUGUGCAUACCAUCUGAUGCAGCAGCGCAUCAUCUCGACCCCAAAGGAUCUCAUGGGAAUCUUACUCUUUGGGACAGAAGCGUCCAAAUUCUACGACGAGGACGAAACUUCCCAGGGUGGCUGGUCGUUUCCUCACUGCUACCUUCUCACAGAUCUUGAUGUGCCCGAAGCGGACGAUGUCAAGGCUCUCAAACAGUUGGUCGAAGCAGAGUCUCCCGAGUCGGCGGAUGUCUUCAAGCCGGCCAAGGAGCCUGUUUCCAUGCACAAUGUUCUCUUCUGUGCAAACCAGAUCUUCCAGCAGAAGGCCGCCAAUUUCACCUCGCGCCGGUUGUUCAUCGUCACGGACAACGACGACCCCCAUUCAUCCAACAAAGAGUCGCGUUCACAGGCUACGGUGAGAGCGAAAGAUCUCUAUGAUUUGGGUGUGACAAUCGAACUAUUCCCUAUUUCGACCCCAUCCCACACUUUCGAUACCAAACUCUUCUGGGACGAUAUUGUCUACCGGUCAUCGCCAUCUGACCCUGAGGCCAUCGUUCAUAACCCGCCGUCCAGGGUUGAUGCCGAUGGUUCGAAGCUGGUGAGCGGUGCUGGAGACGGCAUCCCCUUGUUACAAUCUUUGCUAUCCACCAUAGCCUCCAAGGUCGCCCCCAAACGUGCCCUGUUCUCUUCUGUUCCCCUGGAGUUGGCACCAGACUUCAAGAUAUCUGUGAAAGGGUACCUGCUCUACAAGCAUCAAAAGCCUGCUCGCAGUAGCUAUAUCUACCUUGGAUCUGAAAGACCUCAGAUUGUCACCGGCUACACGGAACAGGUCGCAGACGACGACCGUGAUCGCCGAAAGGUGGAAAAGGCCGAAAUCCGCAAGGCCUACACUUUUGGAGGCGAGAAAAUCACGUUUUCUGAGGAAGAGGUCCAGAAACUGCGCAACUUUGGACCGCCGGUCAUACGAGUCAUUGGGUUUAAGCCCAUGUCCAAGUUGCCAUUGUGGGCAAACAUCAAGAACUCAACCUUCCUCUACCCAUCAGAAGAAGAUUUUGUGGGCAGCACGCGUGUAUACAGUGCCCUGCACCGCAAACUGGCCAAGGAUCAGUUAUUCGGCCUGACGUGGUUUGUACCAAGGAAGAACGCGGCUCCAGUGCUGGCUGCCAUGGUCCCGACGCUCACUGCCGCAGGCAGCGAUGACAAGCCCAACGCUGCAGGUGUAUCUGCCACCGGCGCACCCCAGGGCUUACACCUGAUCUCUCUCCCAUUUGCAGACGAUGUCCGAGAGAAUCCACCCAGUACUCAUGACACCCCGUUGCGUGCACCAGAUGAGCUCGUUGAUGCAAUGAGGCCCAUCGUCCAGCAACUGAAUCUUCCCAAGGGCAUCUACGACCCAUCAAAGUAUCCCAACCCUAGCUUGCAGUGGCAUUAUCGGAUUCUCCAAGCUUUAGCCCUCGAUGACGAGAUUCCAGAGAAGCCAGAAGACAAGACCAUACCCAAAUUCCGCCAGAUAGACAAACGAGUAGGCAGUGAGACCAUAGAAUGGGGCAAAAUGUUGGAGAGAGCCUACAAGCAGUAUCAUGCGGAAAACCCGGACGCGGUGCCUACAGGAUCGAAGAGAUCUACCACGAAUGGAGCCGCUCCCUCGUCGAGUGCAGCAAGUAAGAAGGUCAAAGCAGAGGGGGCGGGUGGCACGAACGAAGAGGAAAUCCGGAUGUUGUGGCAAAAAGGCCAACUGGCGAAGCUCACAGUGGCAGAACUGAAGGAUUUCUGUGCGACAAAGAAGAUCCCUGUCGCGGGAAAGAAGGCAGACAUUGUGGAGAGGAUUGAGGAAUGGCUUGAAAGCAAGUGA